AUGUCGCGAAUUACAGCAGAUGCACCAGAGGAGGAUGUAAUCAAUUCGGUUGUUUCCUACGCGGCAAACAGAGGUGUCAAAGUAACAUUCAUGCGUAUUCUGAAAUAUUGGAACGACAUAGAACACCCCACGUACACGGCGAAACUGAAUAUUCUUGAACAAGACUAUGCGUCAGCGACAGAUCCCAACUUUUGGCCUGAAAAUGUACUCAUCCGUGAGUGGGAAGAUCACAUAGCCGUUGUUACCGAACACUGGUUGCCUCCUGAGCAAUUAAAUUUCUUGGAAAGUAUUGACAGUAACUUCAGGUCGUUUGGAAGAUCUGAUAAUCGCAUACCAAUUGAUAUUGAACAAAGAUCGCAUUUUCGUGGUUGUGGAGGUAUAGCAGUUCUGUGGAGGAAUCAUCUAAAAGUAACGCCACUUCUUAGUGAAGGUAGUGAUCGCGUGAUAGUAGUAGCUGUACAGCUACACGAUAAAUCAUUCCUGUAUGUCAUUGGAGCCCUUUUACCUUCUACGAACCGCCCAUUGUAUGAAUAUCAGGAAGCUCUUGAAUGCGUGUCUGAUUUGUUUGAUCGUUAUAGUGAACAAGGGCAAAUUAUCAUACUUGGAGAUUUGAACGCGCAUAUUUCAAAGAAAUUCGGCGAAAAAAAUCAUGAGCGUGCCAAUGAAAGGGGAUUAAUACUUGAAAACUUCAUCCAUGAGAAACAACUUUUAUCUGCGAACUCACAAGACUGGUCUUUAGGAUGUGACUUUACGUUUGUAUCAUACGACGGGCAACACCAUUCUCUUAUUGACCAUAUUUUGGUUGAAAGCAGUAAGUGUGACUUGGUGGCAUCUUGUGAAACACAUGAUGAUCACUUCCUCAACGUAUCCGACCACCUACCUGUUACCAUUGAUUAUGAAGCGGAAUUAUGUGUUACUAGAACGCAUACAAACGCCCCUCGGACAGUUAACUGGAAAAAGGCUACAUUUGAAGAGAAAACUAAAUAUGUGUCACAGUUAGACGAGAGCUUGAGCCAUCUGCUAAAUCUUCGUGAUUCCAGUAUCAAUUUUGAUCAGCUGGAAAGCAUUGUUAAGUAUAUUGUAGCUACGAUACGGGAGGCUGCUAACGCAAACCUACCAAUAAAGAGAUACCGCCCAUUUCUUAAACCUUAUUGGAAUUACGGGCAUGUUAAGGAAUUACAUAAUGCUAUGCGGCAACGUCGUGCAAAUUGGUUGAAAGAAGGACGUCCAAGAGGACAUAACUAUGAAUCGUACAAAGUAUAUAAAGAGUCAAAGCGCGAAUUUAGAAAAUCAUUGGACGAAGCGCGGAAAACAUAUGAGGAAAAACAGAUGGAGGAACUACAAGAGGCAGCCGAAAUAGAUAUUGGAACAUUCUACAAGGCGGUCAGGAAAAAGAAAUGCCACAAAUUUGCGUCAAAUGAACUGCGUAUCGAAAAUGAGAUCAGUCGCGAUUCGGAUACUAACAGGAAAGCAUGGGCUGAACACUAUAAAAACCUGGCGAAACCGGGUACGCAACCACAUUUUGAUGCUGAUUUCAAAGAGGAAGUACAGCGUAACAUCGGACAAAUGUACAUGAACAGUUUUAAUAACCAGAACACUAUAUGCAAGAAAAACAUUCGGUUUGAUGAAUUAACAAAAGCAAUUGGCGAUAUGAAAAAUGGGAAAGCAGGUGGUCAUGAUAGCAUUAUUGUGGAACAUAUUCGUUAUGGAGGAACUGUGCUGAAGAAAGUCCUAGUCAUUUUGUUUAACAUUAUUAUUGAUCUGGAGGAUUAUCCUAAACACUUCAAGAAGGGAAUCGUCAUUACACUAUUCAAAGGUGGAAAGAAAGAUCGUCUGGACAUGCACAAUUACAGAGACAUUACGUUGACUCCUGUACUGCAAAAAAUAUUUGAAAAAAUCAUGUAUCAGCGAAUUUCAAAAUACUGUUUAAAAGUUGGAUUCCCAAACAAACUACAACAGGGAUUUAGACCUCAAUGUGGCAGUAUCACCGCUGCAUUCACUGCAAAAGAAUCAAUCUGCCAUUUUUUGGAGCGCAAUUCAAAAGUUUUCGCCGCGUUUCUGGACAACGCAAAAGCAUUCAACAGUGUUUGGAUAAAUGGAUUACUCGUGAAGGUAUAUCGAUUAGGCAUAAACGGUAAAUUCUGGCGGAUUCUGCAUAAUUCGUUUGCUGAUGUGACUGCGUGCGUUCUUUACGACGGGGAAACGAGCGAUGCGUACCCUAUAGAGCAAGGGGUCGGUCAAGGACGCACGCUCUCUGCUUGGCUCUUCCUGGUUAUGAUUGACGAUUUGGCGGUUAGAUUGGAAGAUUCAGGCCUUGGGUUACAUGUGCAAAGUGUCCAUAUUCCGUGUGUCUUCCUAGCAGAUGACACAUUACUUCUAGCUGCGUCGAUAAGAAGUCUACAGAUGCAACUAGGCAUUGUUCAUGACUAUGCAAAGCUAUGGAGACUCAAUUAUAAUUCAACAAAGUCGUCACUUAUGCAGUUUUCAAACCGGAAACGACCGCAAAGUGAGCCUACGACAUCGUGUUCCUUAGGAAAUACCGCAAUUGGAUGGGUAACGUCAAAAGUGUACGCAGGAAUAACUUUAUGCCAUAACCUUAAACCCGAUUUGCAAAUCGCGAGUUCGUGCAAGAAAGGUCGUAAAGCUGUUAAUAGUCUUAUUAGUGUCGGUAUACAUCAAAACGGAAUGAAUCCUUUAAAAAGUGUACGGAUCAUCAAAUCAGUUGUCCUUCCAACUAUAUUGUAUGGAUGUGAGCUAUGGGCAGAUCCAACUAAAUCAUCUAGCAAAGAGCUCGAGCGAACACAGAGCAGUGGAGAUGUGCUAUUGGAGCAUGUUGUUAACACACUGAAAGUUAGUGAUUACGUUAAAUUGGAUUCGCUGGAAGAAGAUGAGCAGUACUUGUUUCUGUUAGGAAGUAGAAUGGUGAUGGAUAUAGACGAUAGUGAGUGGGAGAACUGCAUCACUGGAGUUGCGCACUGCGUAGAACAGAUGCUAUUUGAAGUUAGCACUUUUCUUGAGGCAUAA